UCCCGAUCUAGUAGCUCGCAUUCAAUCAAUUCAGUCAACGUCGUCCGAUUGUGAUUGGAGGUUGUGUUCUAGUGCUACAGCUUACGAGAAGAAUCGUUCCGCUGCUUACAAUGUCUGAUCAGGAUGCUUCGUCGCCCGGUGGUGCUGGUGAUGGUGGGAACUGUGACCGCAAACGGGAGAUAGUGGACCAGAUCAAGCACCUCAUGGUGCAGGACAAAGAAACGAUUCUGGUGCAAGUGAUCAAUCUUACCACGCAGCUGCAGCAGCAGGUGAACCGGAAUACCGUACUCAAAAAAACGCUCAAGGAGGUGAUGGAGGUGAAAGAGAUGAUGCAACGGAAUAUGAUGCACCAAGAAACCAUUCGAGCGCACACGCGACAAAUCUCGGAGAAAAAAUCCGCCCUGGAGGAGCAGCUAACGAAAAACUACAAAGCCAUCUCGGCACAGUGUACUGCGAUUGAAGCGGUGCGCGGGAAGGUGAAACAAGAUGGGGUUAAUUGUCGCUCUGCCAUCGAUGCGAUGAACAAGCGUAUAGGGGCGUUAAAUGAAAAAGAAAAAAGUGUCCUCCAUGAAUACGAGAUGAAUCUGAAGCGAAUGGCCGGGCUGAAGGAGGAACUGCAGGCACAGAAGCUAAAUCACGGCCGAUUGCUGCAGGAAUUCCGUUCGUCGGUGAAGGACCGGGAGGCUUUGCAGGAAAACAUUGAUUCCAUGGUGAAGACCCAUCGUCAAACCCUCGCCUCAAAGGAACAGCAGCUGGUGGAGCUGAAGCAACAGUGGGAACGGGAUGUACAGCAGCGUGAGGCUCAGAAGAACGAGCUUCAGGGUCAGCUAGAUGCGCUUAAACAAACGGCUACCGAACAAGAGCAGCAAUGGCGCGAGGAAAUGAACGAGUUAAAGCAACGCAACGAAACGCAGGUGCAGUCUUUGGAGGAAAAACUGCUGGCGAUGAAGAAGGAGAAGCAAACACUGGAGCGCCGUUUGGGAGACCUGCAGGAGUUGAACGAACACCAGGCCAAGGAGCUCGAAAGCCGCGCUGCGAAAAGAUCGACACUCAAGCUCCAGACCGUUGAAAGAUCGGUGCCAGCAGGCAACGAGUUUUCUUUGCUAAACCGGCGACGUGCUUCGGAAAAAAGUGCCGAUUCCCAUCCGUCCUCUGGUUUGGACAUAAAUUUCGAUGAAUCGUAUCAUUACGAGAAUGAGCCCAGUGAAAUAAGCUCGGCUUCGUACGGCGGGUACCUACGUAAAUGAGCUGGCAGUUAGCUUACAAUAAUAGGUUUGCAACAGGGUGCUGCAUUGUCGUUUAAUGGUGGCUCAUAUAUGCUAGCACAUUCGUUAGCAAACCAAGAGCGUAGAAUUU